AAACAGUCUUUGCGUUGCUCUCAAGGUAGUCGCGCAUGUCGGAACUUCACUUUAAAAUUCUUGUCCCUAAUGUUGCUGCUGGGGCGAUCAUUGGAAAAAAAGGAGAAGCUAUCGAAACAAUCAAACGUCAAACUGGAGCAAGGCUCAAAAUGUCUCGAGCAGAUGACUUUUAUCCGGGAACCACUGAACGAGUGUGUCUCAUUGUUGGCACACUUGAAGCAUGCAUACAGUUACACGAUUAUGUAAUGGCCAAAAUAAGCAAACGACCUCAGAAUAUAGCUAUAAUAACUCCAACGGGAGUUAAUUGCAUGGAACGUCAUAAGCAGGUUAAAAUUUUAGUUCCUGACAGUACGGCUGGCAUUAUCAUUGGAAAGUUUGGGAACUUUAUUGAAAGAAUCAAGGAAGAAAGCAAUGCUUUCAUUCAAGUUUCUCAAAGACCGAAAGAUAUAAGAUUGUUUGAACGCUGCAUUGUAAUAACAGGCGAGUUAAAAGAGAGGCGAAAAGCAGUAGAAAUGAUAUUGUACAAAAUCCUUGAGAAUCCUGAUUCAGCUUGUUAUUCAAAUUGCUCUUAUUCUCAAGUUAAGGAACCAGUGGCCAGUGCAUUUUCAAUAGGUUCCCCAUUUGCAAUUACGUACCGCCCUCCAGUAGAUAUGAAUUACUCAAUUAUAGAUUCGGAGUGUAAGUCAAAAAUUUCAACCUCAAGUCUUCCUGAUGCAAGUCUAUCAACUGUAACCUUCGAACACGAGUCUACUACUAAUCAAAUCGAUCCCCUUCUCUGUAAUCAGUCUUUAUCAAUGCCACCUGCAAAUGCUAAUCUUAAUUCAAUAAUUCCUGUUAUUCCUUGGAUCGAUCAAAGUUUUGCAUAUAGAAGCACUAAUGCAGUUACCAGUUUGACUCCAUGUGACAAUGUAUCUCAACCGUUGGUGGCCCAAUCGAAUUUAACUGAUCAGCCAGAACCUGUUCAUUCUGACUUGGGUUUAAAACAAGUCUUUUAUCUCGGACAUCCUUCUGCUUGCUGUCCAAGUUUUAUUCCACAAACGUAUGGUAUUCAGAACUAUAUCCCACAAUCACUGAUGAAAGUAAAUGAAAAGAUCGCUGUAACACCAACAUUAGCACCUAUAACCCAAACCACUGUUGAAAUCAAUACAUUGAGUGAUCCUUAUUACUUUAUAUCAGGUGGUCAACAGGGUGAUAGUUACCUAACAACUCUAGGAAACAAAAUUGAACGUAGUGUACCUUUCGAAAAUUCAAGAGACAAUAAUCAGUCACAUUCUCGUUAUUUCAGUGGAGAGUCGGUUGAUUCAGCUUUCACAGAAAGUGUACUCAGUGUCAAGCUUCAAUCAUCUACGGAGGAUUUUAUGAGUGACCUAUUUCUGCAGCAACCGUGUUACCAUCAAAACAAGCAGACAUAUCAAGUUCAGACGAUAAAAUCGCCUAACUCAGUAUAUUCAGUUUGUUCAAGUACCGAAAGUUGUAAACAUUCUUCUGCCCCUAAUGAACAAUUACUUGUUAACUCUCAAAGGUCGAAUCGCCAGAAUUCUCUUGUCAAUAAUGAAUCAAACGAUAAUUUUAAUCGAUCAUUGUCAAAUCAACUCCAAACAUUUGAAUUUGCCUGCCUUCCAACUGAGUCCUAUGGAUCUACUGUCGGAGGUGUUCUACUAGUCGGCACGGUACAACAGUUACAUAAUACACUUAAUUUCUUAGAAUGGCAAGCCAAACAACAACAAUUAUUGUAUAGUUUCACAUCAGGAAUUAUUAUGACAUCUACUGAUGAUCAAGUAAGAAAUGUAUCCAAUCUCCCACCAACCACAGUAACAGCAUAUAAUGGGAAUCCAAUAAAUUUAUGUCACACAACAUCAUUCAGUCCUGAUGUAUCUUUGAAGUUGGACACAAUCCAACCAUGGUCAAUACCUAGACAUAUGGCGCCGUUAAGUUUGAAUUUACCGAUAAAUAAUCGGUGUUAGUAAAUAUAAAGCAUUUGUCUAUUAACUGUUUAAUCAUGAAAUUUCUAUUAUUCUGAUUUAAAGAUUUACUUUAUUCAUAUUUACACCAUUCUCUUAUUCAACUCUACUUAUUUAUUCACUAUUGAGUUUUACAUAACUUACUCAUUUUCUUUUAAAAAACGAUUAUUUAAUAAUUUAUUCAUAGUUGUGUCCUUUUUUCACAUAUACACUAUCUUUAUUUUGGUUUAAUUUCGUUACUUUUUUUCUCUUUUGAUACUUGUAUGGUUACCCGGUGUUGUCGAACGUUACAGCAAAAUGUAUUUUCAAUAUAUGUUUAUAUAUACACAUCCCUCUUGGUAAUGCGUCACAGGAAUACAUCAAACUUUAUAUUUUUUACAUUAUUAUUAUUGUUCUUGCCAUUAUUAUUAUUAUUAUUAUUAUU